AUGUCGACCGCUAUUGCGGCCACCCCUGGCUUGUCAUCAUUUUUGAAGUCUCUCAAACAUGCAGACGUCGAGACUUCUAUCGAACAUUUCAUUUCUCUUUUGAAGAGACGUCAAAUCAGAAACUCAAGGCCAUGUGCUAUCGCAACUACUCAACUGCUUCUCCGCAUCGUAGCCGCAUCCAAGACCAGAGAUGCUGCUUCGCUGAUUGAGCGUGUGCGCAAAGUUGGCCAGCGUUUGAUUGCUGCUCAGCCCCGUGAGAUGGCAGUCGGCAACAUUGUGCGCCGUGUUCUCGGUCUGAUCAGAGAAGUCGAGGAGACCGGUCUGGAUGCUGGUGCUUAUAGCGAUGCCGCACAAAGCGACGAAGCCAACCAAUCCCACAACAACUCCAUGAACCGAUCCGGCUUGAACACCAACGCCUCUGCUUUCAGCUCGCUCAAUCACGGUGCCUCUGCUUCUGGAAACGUGAAUCUGAGGCAGGAUCCAUUUACUUCGGCCGACUUCAACGACACCACAGCCGCUCACAGACCCCCACUUCUCACCUCCCACACCUCCUACGCCACUGGUCCUCAGGUCACUUCGCUAUUUGGUCUGCUCUCACAUCCAGACGAACCUUCUCCAGCAGUAACCCCACCAGCCGGUUCCCAAUCCCCCAUCACCAAAUCCGGCUCCCGCCUCAACAGCAUCCUCGAAGCCACCGCUGCAACAAAAAUGGACGUCAAAGCCGAAGUAAUCGAUGGGAUUAAGGAACUCGUCGACGAAUUAGAAAUCGUAGACGACCAGAUCGCCGCUUCCGCACUCGAGCACAUUCACGCAAACGAAAUCAUCCUCACGCAUACUUCCUCCCAAACGGUGCAGAAAUUCCUAAUCGCCGCCGCGAGGAAGAGGAAGUUUACGGUCAUCCAUGCCGAAGCUUAUCCUAAUGAUCACGUGGAUACUCAUGCUACUAUCUUGACUGGAGGUAAGAAGGGAGAUGAUGAUGAUGAGGAGGCUGAUGAGAGGUGGAAGCCGUUGAUCUCGAUGGGUAUCCAGGUUAUCUUGAUCCCUGACUCUGCUGUGUUUGCUUUGAUGUCGCGCGUCAACAAGGUUAUCCUGGCUCCUCACACCGUUCUCGCCAAUGGAGGUCUGAUCGCGGCAACUGGUGCUCUGACUAUUGCGCAAGCUGCCAAGGUGCAUCAGACCCCUGUCGUUGUGGUCAGUGGUGUAUACAAGCUCAGCCCUGUGUACCCCUUCGACAUGGAAGAGUUGGUCGAGUACGGCGACCCGGGCAAAGUCAUCGAUUUCCAACAGGGCGAUCUCGUCGAAAAUGUCGAUGUCAGCAACCCCAUUUACGACUACGUCAGUGCUGAUCUGGUGGACUUGUACAUCACCAAUCUGGGAGGUCAUGCGCCCAGCUAUCUUUACAGAAUUGUCGCCGAUCAUUAUCGUGUGGACGAUAUCAAUCUCUCGUAG